AUGGCUGCGAGGCCCGCCACGCCGGCAUCGCCCAAGAACUACAAGGUCAAAGCGCCCCAGCCAGGGCAGCCUGUGUAUGGGUGUGAACACCUCCAGCGUCUCUUCAGUCAAGACCAGCAGACGACGAAUACCUCGAUACAACAUUACAAGGCCAUUCUGCGCGCCAUCUUCGACACAAACCCCAUCAUUCCGCAGACCGCCAAGUGCGUCGACGGCCCGGUCGUCACGUCGCUCACUCCGACAUACUUGUGCUUACAAUGCCCCUCGACCUUGAUCGAAGAGGACCUUAUAAAACAUGGGAGCAAAAAAUCUCACCGAUUCUAUGUUGACUCAAGAAGCGCUGCUCUGUACUGUCAAAUGUGUGACGACAUGGUCUGGGAUCCGACGUUUGAGGAGCUGAGGUUAAGGAAAAUGGGUACGGGCUCCUUUUUCACAGCGCGGAAGCGAAAACACGAAGAACUAUUCUCAGAUCCGAUCAGGGACAAUCCCACAUACAUCUCGUCCAACACGACCACUGCAUCCUGCAAGGCCAAUGGCCUGCGGGGCAUCUACAACGCCGGCGCCACCUGCUAUCAGAACGUAGUGCUCCAGAGCUUCCUUCACAACCCCAUCCUCCGCAACUUCUACCUCAGCGAUGGCCACCAGAGCAACAAUUGCGACACGCCGCACUGCCUAAGUUGUGCCAUGGACGACAUGUUUCAGGAUUUUUACGCGCUCGAGAAUACUAACGGGUACACGGCGGCCAACAUCCUGUCUGGGUUCUGGAUCAGCGAGAAGAAGGCGUUUGAGAACCUCGUGACGACCAAGGAGCAGGACGCCCACGAGUUCUUUCAGUUCCUGGCCGAGGAGCUGCACGAGCGCAACGGCGACGGCAAGAAGCCCGAGAUUGGCAGCGAGCACAGCUGUAACUGCAUCAUCCACCAGACCUUCUACGGCAAGCUGCAGAGCACCACCACGUGCCAGAACUGUGGCGGCGUGACCAACCAGGUGCAGAGCUUUUUGGAUCUGAGCUUGCCGCUCGAAAACCUGACGCAGAAGAAGGGCAAGCGGGGCGGGCCCAAGGGAGCGACCUUGACCCUUCAGGAGUGUCUCGACGAGGAGUACAUCAAGUCGGACAAGUGUGAGUACCGCUGUCAUAGCUGCAACUCGAUGCAGCAGGCGCGCCGUCAGACCUCGAUCAAGCGGUUGCCAAAUGUCAUGUCGAUUCAACUCAAGAGAUUCGAGUACAAGCAAGGGCGCAACGAGCGUGCGGCAAAGAUCGACACGCCCGUACAGUUUCCCUUGCAGAUUAACAUGCUCCCCUACACGAGCCGCGCCAGGGGCCAGGACGUGAGAGAGAACUACGAGCUGGCCCGCACCUGCGUCUACGACCUGCUCAGCGUCGUGGUGCACGUGGGCGAAAUCGAUACCGGCCAUUACGUUUCGUAUUGCCGGGUUGGUGACCAGUGGUUCGCGUUCAAUGAUCACAGGGUAGAACUGGCGCAAAUGUCGGACGUGCUGAAUGCUAGGGCGUACCUGCUGUUUUACAUCGUCAGGUCUUUGUCGUAG